AUGACAGGCACACAGAAAAGUAAGAAAGCAUCAAAUAUUAAAAAGCAAGCCAAAAGAGUUCACGAGACUGAUAUGGAGCUGAGAAAAAAGAGGAAGAUUGCGAAAACGAACACGGCAAAAGAGUUGGUAAAGAGCAGUGGUCAUAGGACAAUGGAGGAGGAGGAGGUCUCCGCUGCAUAUGAUACUGAGAAUGACAAGUUAAUUUCAAAGCGUGACCUGCGGUUUAAUUUUUCUAACAUUAUCAACCAACAACCAUUCUUUUCCCAUCCCUCGCAUCCUACCAUUGAUCUUCAUAGUGAAAUGAAGUUACAGCGUCAAAGAAGAUUGGUCGAGCUUGAUAUGCUUAGAGAGAAGGAGCUUGAUGACACAAAGGAGAAUGAUGAAACGGGGUCUGACGAUGAUUUGCUUAGUUUCCCAUCAUCGGAGGAUGAAGAUUUCAUGGAUGCUAAGCUACCAAAGCUUCACGAACUAACGACUCUAGGAGGCAAUUAUGAUUCUUGGAGUUCAAAGCUAGAGUCUUUAACUACUGGCUUGGAGCAGGUUGAUCGGCUAAUCAGACAGCUGAACGAUCACGAUGCGGAAGCGGACAUUUUGGGUGUCCACGAACAAAGCGUCCUGAAACCAUUUGAGUGUGAAUCAGAUGUUAAGCACAAAGAACAGAAUAUUUCGAAGACGCUUUGUGUAACAGAAAAUUCAACGAAGCAAAGCAAUUGUCAACUCAUAUCUGAGACAUCUACCUUUCGCUCGCUUUUGAAUGAGAACCAAAUUGCAAUGUGGCUACCUGAAAGAAAAGAUCAGUCUCAAACACUGGAACCCUACGAAUCCUCAGACGUUUCAUUUGACGAAUUUUUAAAUUUGGGUGAGGACAGCGCAACCAGCGAUACAGAUAUUGAACGUAUGACUUCGUCUUCCUCAAAUACUACAAUUGAUCAAUCGGGUACUUUGUCUCGCAUAAGGAAUUUCGAAUACCGCUAUAGCCACGAUAAAAUUAAUUUAGCUUUGGUUGAUAAUCUGAGCUGUCAAGCAGAUAUCAGACGAAAAAACAAAAAGGGACCGUUAAACAAGAGCGCACUUUUUUACGGAAACCACUGCGAGAUGAUAAUUAAUGACUCCCUCUUUCAAUUGAAUGAUUUUGUGAUUUAA